GGCUGGAGUUCUAUUUCCUUAUAGUAAACACACAGAAGCUUCCUAUAUCAGUUAUCAGUAUCAGACUCGGAAGCGACCGAACAUCCGCAUUGUCUACAUUCGGAGGCUGGGUAGCCUAGUGCUUAUUGUUAUGGUGUCCUAAAAGCAUUUUUUUAAACUUGCCGGCGACCCAGAUCUGUCGACAUCGGAGAGGAAACAGAUUUGAUCUAUUAUAACGGGAAGGAAACGGGGCUGAGUGGAAAGGAAAAUGGAAAAGCAGUCAGUUGGAGGAGUUGGCAGUGGAGAUGGCUCUGCGCUGCCGGGAGUACCGAAUCGAAACAACAAGCCCCGAGCGCUGGCCAUCUCUAUACCGAGACAGGCGAGCGGUGACGCGGAGACGGACAGUCCGACUGGUUCUCAUGUAGAGUGGUGUAAGCAACUGAUAGCAGCCACCAUCUCUAGCCAGAUGUUAUCCGUAACCCCAGACGCUGCAUCCAGAGACUGCAAGGUGUCCAAGAGGCCUGAUCUCAGGGACUCCAUGGACGAGGUACAUAGUUACCAGUGCGACAGUGACUCUGAGCUCCCCCCCCAUGCUUUGGCUCUGAGAGAAGGAACCAAACAGGUCCAGAUGGACGAGGUUCCACUGGUCCCAGGAGAGACCGUAAAAGCUGUGGCCAAGGAUGUGAUGUACAUCUGUCCCUUUACUGGCUUGGUGACUGGAACCCUCACUUGCACCGACUAUAAACUGUAUUUUAUCAGCCUUGAGAGGGACUCUCCGUUUAUCCUAGAUGUGAACCUGGGCGCAAUCAGUCGUCUGGAGACCAUCAGUGUCCAAAGUCACGGCGAGAACACGCAGGGAUUGGAGAUGGUCUGUAAGGACAUGCGUAGCCCUAGGUUUGCCUACAAGACUGAGGGCGCCAGCCAAACCGAGAUAGUCGAGGUUCUAACCAAACACGCCUUCCCCCUAUCAAACGACCUACCCCUGUUUGCCUUCCAGUAUAAGGAGGAGUUUCCUGUGGAUGGUUGGAAGGUCUACGACCCCAUGGCAGAGUACAAGAGACUGGGUCUUCCCAACGAGAGCUGGACCAUCAGUAAGAUGAACGGGAUGUAUGAGGUGUGUGACACCUAUCCAGCGCUGCUCGUAAUCCCCACCAGCAUCAAGGAGGAUGAACUGAAGCGAGUGGUGGCCUUUAGGGCCAGGCACAGAAUACCGGUCUUGUCGUGGAUCCAUCCAGAAAGCCAAGCCACCAUAGUCCGUAGCAGUCAGCCUUUAGUGGGCCCAUCAGACCGGCGCUGCAAAGAGGACGAGCGAUACCUGCAGACCAUUAUGGACGCAAAUGCGCAGUCGCACAAGCUUGCUGUCUUUGACGCCCGACAGAGCAGCGUGGCUGACACAAACAAGGCUAAGGAUGGCGGUUAUGAGAGUGAGAGCUUCUAUCCCAAUGUGGAACUCAACUUCCUGGAGAUACCCAACAUCCACGUGAUGAGAGAGUCCCUGAGGAAACUGAAGGAGGUGGUCUACCCCACUAUAAAUGAGGCUCACUGGCACUCCGUGGUUGACCUGACCCACUGGCUGGAGUACAUCCGGGUCUUGCUGGCUGGCGCGGUUCGUAUAGCCGACAAGCUGGAGUCUGGUAAGACCUCGGUUGUGGUCCACUGUAGCGACGGGUGGGACCGGACGGCCCAGCUCACCUCUCUGGCCAUGCUGAUGCUGGAUGGACACUACCGCACACUCAGGGGGUUCCAGGUGCUGCUGGAGAAGGAGUGGAUCAGCUUUGGACACAAGUUUGCCGCGCGCGUCGGCCAUGGUGAUAACAAUCACGCCAAUUCGGAGCGAUCGCCUCUCUUUGUCCAGUUUAUUGACUGUGUGUGGCAGAUGACCCGGCAGUUUCCUGCAGCGUUCGAGUUCAAUGAACUGUUCCUCAUCACCAUCUUGGACCAUCUCUACAGCUGUCUCUUUGGUACAUUCCUCUACAACAGCGAACAGGAGAGAAACGCUAUGGAAGUGCAGACGAAGACAGUGUCUCUCUGGUCCUACAUCAACAGUCAACCGGACGACUUCACCAACCCCUUCUACGUUGACUAUGAGCACCACGUCCUGUAUCCCCUAGCUAGCAUCAGACACCUGGAGUUGUGGACUAGCUACUACGUACGAUGGAACCCCCGUAUGAGGCCUCAGAUGCCUGUGCACCAGAACCUGAAGGAGUUGUUGUUCCUCAGAGCAGAGUUGGAGAGGAAGGUUGAGGAGUUACAGAGAGAAGCAGCUUCAUCGCGCGGCUCUCUCUCCUCUUCCUCAGAACACACAUCGUCACCCUCAUACAGCGGGGGCACGCCCCUACACACCACUGUCUGAUUACCCACACAUUAACUGAACACACCUCCCCAUCUAACCCCCCCCCGGUACACGAUCAAGAUACCGAUACUGACACGCAAGCACUCAUUGGUUUGUCUUUGUAUACCUACUCCAGUUCCUACUGUAUUACAUUUCACAUAAUCACAGACAACUGGAAGGAGAACAUGAAAAGGCAAGGACACAUUUGUAUCCAAAAUGUAACUACUUGUUUUGAAAUAAGACAAACAUAUCAGGUAAUGACAUUGUGGGAAGGAACAUUGAGUGAAAAAAAAGAACCAUUAAUAUUGAGUGUAUUUGUCUUAACAUUUUUAAUAUGUAAAUAUGAAAAUAUUUAACUAAUAUAUUUCUAUCAACAAAACGUAUUCUAGGCUUCACUAUUGACAACAGUCACCAGUAUUAGAAAUAUAGUAUUUUGAAUUGGAUUUGUGGUUCAGAAAUAUGAGACAUAAUCUGCACUAUUUAACAUACAUUCCUCCAAAUGUUUAAGCUACAUUCCAGUGGGUCAACAUCUCCUUUAUGUGCUACUUGACCUGAUCCAGCUUGGCCAUUACUGGUGGUCUAACGUACUGUUCCAACAUACUGUUCCUUCUUUUCCACUAGAACGUGCCCUGACUGGAGGUUCCUACUAACAUGUUCCAUUGAAAGUCUCUGUGCACACAAACAUAUACCUGAAUUUGUAUUUCAUUCCAAUACAAUUCUGAUACUUUGGUCUGUUUCUCUUGUUCUGUUUGUGGUAUUACUUUGUUCACUUGUGCUAUUACCAAAUCCAAAUACUUUUUUUUUUUCUAUCUACCAAGUGAAUUUCAAUGUUUGGUUGUAGGCAACUCUUAAUACUAAGAUGCUCUUAGUUAUCAGUGUUCAAUGUGUCUGAGCUCAUUGGGCCCUCUCGUGGUUUGAAAACACACCAGCAACGCCCCACUACCCUGAAAGUAAUAUUUAACCACCGUUAGAUAAAUGAUUUAAUCCCACCUUA